GCAUCAUGUUUUUUGGGCCGAAAAAGAAAAAUGGGAAAGACGAAAACUUGUGCUUAAUCUUUAUUCCGGGGAGGACGUCUCCAAUUCGAAUCGACGAAGCGCCUCCCUCUCUCUCUCUCUCUCUCUCUCUCUCUCUCUCUCGUUCUCCAGAAACCUCAUAAACCCUGUGACAGUAGAGCGAAACGUCAUUGACGAGCUUCCAAUUCCUCUUCUUUUUCCCCUGUAGAGGGUGAAGGCGGAGACGAGAACACUAGAGAGAGAGAGAGAGGGAGAGGGAGAAGAUGUCGACCCAAUUGCCGGACGACUUCCGGUGCCCGAUUUCGCUGGAGAUAAUGUCCGACCCGGUGAUCCUGUCCUCCGGCCACACCUUCGACCGCUCCUCCAUCCAGCGGUGGCUCGACUCCGGCCAUCGCACCUGCCCCAUCACCAAGCUCCCUCUCGCCGACCACCCCUCCCUCAUCCCAAACCACGCCCUCCGCAGCCUCAUUUCCAAUUUCGCCCUCGUUCCCACCCCCAGUUCCCGACCCGACCUGGGGCCGAAGCCCGAGCCCAACACCCUCGUCGCCGCUCUCACCUCCCGUUCGUCCCCUCUCGAGUCAAAGCUCGAGUCUUUGACCCGUUUGACCAAGCUCUCCAAUCGCGACCCGGGUUUCCGGCGGCGGCUCACCGAGUCCGGCACCGUGUCGGUGGUUCUCAACUGUGUUGACUCGGAUAACGGGCUGUUGCGCGAGAGGGCUCUCAGCUUGCUGCUGAAUCUCAGCUUGGACGAUGAUAACAAGGUGGGGUUGGUGGCCGAAGGGGCGAUUUCGAAAAUAGUCGGCGCCUUGAGGGCGGAUUCGGCCGACUGCCGGGCGCUCGCCGCCACGAUAAUCACCAGCUUGGCGGUCGUGGAAGUCAACAAGGCCACGAUUGGUGAGUACCCUUUUGCGAUUAGUGCCCUCAUUUCGCUUCUGAGGGAUGGGAAUGGCAGGGAGAAGAAGGAGGCCGCGACGGCGCUCUUCGCCAUAUGCUCGUUCCCGGAUAACCGGAAACGGGCGGCUGCAAACGGGUCGGUGCCUGUUCUGAUUAGGGCCGCAGAUUCGGGGCUUGAGAGGGCGGUCGAGGUGUUGGCGAUGUUGGCCAAGUGCAGGGAAGGGAGGGAAGUGAUGGGGAGGUGUGAUGGGUGUGUGAGAGUUUUGGUGAAGGUGUUGAGGAAUGGGGGUUGUAAGGGAGUUCAAUGUGCAUUACUGACUCUGUAUUCGCUUUGUUGUUAUAGUGAGAGAAUUUGUGUGGAAGUGAGGAGGCAGGGGGUUUUGGACAUGUGCAUUAGGUUGCUGGAGGAUGAUAAUGAGAAGAUUAGGAGAAACGCCACCAGCUUGGCUCAGCUUCUUCGGGGUGAUCCCAAUUGUUCUGUGAGAUGAUCCUGUGAGGGGGUAGAAGGUUGACAUGAAAUUGGACGUGUUUUUUGUGAUCAAGGUUCGGUUUUUGGAUGAUGCAUAGGCGAGUCAGGUUUGUUGUUCUUGUGUCUUUCGUACCUUUUGUUGGAUAGAUUUCUGUACAGAGCCAAAAAAAAAAAAAAAAAAAGAGAUUUAGAUUUUAUUGAAGAACAUGUUUUCUGUAUCUUGUAAAGUUGAAUAAAGAUAACAAGCAUGAGCUGUUGCUCAAGCUGUACUUGAUUGUUCUGUA